AUGCUGCGCUCUGACGCGCAGCUGAUCAACAGCGUUUACUUCGACAACGAGAACCUGGAGCUCUACCACGGCCGCCUCGACAAGAAGCCAGGGGCCAUCGCCGUACGCAUCAGGUGGUACGGCAGCGGGGAGCCGCGCAAGGUGUUUGUUGAGCGCAAGACCCACCGCGAGAGCUGGAAGGGGGAGGAGUCGGUCAAGGAGCGCUUCACGCUCGACGCGUCACAGGUGGUGCCGUUCCUUGAGAUGGAGUACGACUGGCCCAAGGCCGAGGCGGACCUGCGGGCGGCCGGCAAGAGCGACGACGAGAUCUCAAAGUUCCAGGUCCUCUUCAACGAGUGCCGCAACCAGAUCGACUCCAAGCAGCUGCGCCCCUUCAUCCGCACGCAGUACAUGCGCACCGCCUUCCAGAUCCCCUUUGACUCGACAGUGCGCGUGUCAAUGGACACUAACAUGUGCAUGAUCAAGGAGAACCCCGAGGAUGGCCCCUCCUGCACGUGGGUGUGA